UACAGUGCGCGACUGGCUGUGGUUUUUUGCGGUUUCGGCGCUUUCACCAAAUUUUUUUGGAUUGUCAUUUUUUUCUGGCUUUCCUUUAGUUCACUUUUUCCAUUCUUAGUUGAACUUGAGGAAAGCCAGCAGCUACUGAGGGGCCCCUUGGGGUACUCGGCCUUGGGCCGGACCCUCUGUCCGAACCUUUUGGUUCUUUUACCAUCUUCUGAUAAGAUCUUUUUUAAAGAUUUCCAUCGCUCAUUAGAAUGGCGUCGUUUGAGAUGCUCUACGCCAUUUUAGAUGACUUCAGGGCGGACUCUGAUGAUUUUGAAGCCCUUGCAUCCUAUUAUGAACAUCACUACAGGCGCCGGUACGGAAAGAUUGUGGACCUAGAACACUUUCUCAUAAUGUACAUGGUGGAUCCGAGAGUUACAGAUAAGAGGAACAUCCCGGACUAUCUGGCAAUGAUCCACUUUAUGGAACAACUAGAAGAGUUAGAAAGGGAAUACCGCGUCCUCUGCACCGAACGGUUGCUGACUCCUUACACACCAGAAGAGCGACUGUUACGGUGGGAGUAUUUAGAGAUCCUGCGACUUCAGAACACCGUCAGAUCUCUUCUUCUGCCCAUUAUUUUAAACAUCUGGGAGAAGGAGAAGGAACUGCUUAAAGCUGCCAGGACCAGGGAACAACAACGACCUCCUGCUGCAGAGGACUUAAUAGCCACUCAAAAAAAGCCUCCUGCUGCAGAGGAGAUAGAGCCUCCUGCUGCAGAGGAGGAAAUAACACCUCAAAUAGAACCUCCUACUGCAGAGGAGGUAAUCACAUCUAAAAUAGAGCCUCCUGCUACAGAGGAGGUAAUAACAUCUCAAAUUGAACCUCCUACUGCAGAGGAGGAAAUAACACCUCAAAUUGAACCUCCUACUGCAGAGGAGGUAAUCACAUCUAAAAUAGAGCCUCCUGCUACAGAGGAGGUAAUAACAUCUCAAAUUGAACCUCCUACUGCAGAAGAGGUUAUCACAUCUAAAAUAGAGCCUCCUGCUACAGAGGAGGUAAUAACAUCUCAAAUUGAACCUCCUACUGCAGAGGAGGUCAUUUCCACUGAAGAACCUCUAGGCACCGAGAAGAUAAUAAACAUCAGAGAGCCUCAAUUUGCAGAGGAGGAAAUAAAUGAGCAAGAGGAGCCUCCAGCUGUGGAGAGACUAACCCGGGGCAGACGGGUACGCCGCGCCAUCGCUAGAAGGUUGCAGAGGAUUUCGCACUCCGCCAGAAGAAUUCUCAGGGGGAUCUGCUGCCAUCAACCUCCCCCUGCUCCCUAAUUCCCUACCCUGCACAUCAUUACACAAGCAUCCACCCACUUGUAAGAAGGUGAAAAUUGUGUGUUAAUUUGUA